CUGCUAUUGGCGGUGGGGAGAUCUGGGGCGGCGCUACUGUGGAGACGUAGUACUGAGGAGUGUAGCCACAGGACUCUCCCAGGGUAGCGAAAACUGCUUAAGAGUGACUCUGCUGUGGGGUGCAGUUAUGCGGGAGGGUGGCAUCGUCUCUCUUACGUGGAGGCACUUCAGUAGGGGGGCACUGUCCCCUUAGGGGUGCAGAGGAGGGACCCUGCCCCUCAGCGCUGAUCCUGCGAGAGGGAGCUGUACCUGGAGUGACGAGCGACAGCUCCCAACCCCAGGUCCCAGAGCCGCAAUGGAUCCACAAAAGCCUGAGGCAGACAAGUCGAAAGGUCAAAGCGACUCCAACACGAAUCAGCCGGAGAUGGCGGAAGAGCCGCCUCAAGAGAUGGAAGCUGAAAACCAGGGCAGUGGCCAGAUUCAGUCAGUCGAGGACGUAACCACAACGACGACGGGCUCCUUCUCCUCGAGCGAGCUGUGGUGGAGUAUCAUGCCUUUCUCCCGGGCCCGCCGCCUCUGGCUAGUGUUGCGCGAUGGCUUGUACCGCAUAGUGGAAAGGAUGAAGCACGCCGAGAUGCAGGUGGCGCACUUGACUCACGGGCUGGAAUCCCUGCGGCGCUUGGAGGUGCCAGCGGGGCUGCUGGCAGUGGCGCAAGACGAGGAAAGUUCACGCUUGGUGCUCCUGGAUGGUGCUGGCCAAUUGUAUCUGCAUGCUGAAGAUGGCUGGGCCCGUGGCCGCACCUGUGCUCCAGUAAACCUCACAGGGCUCGUGGCCCUCGUGGGUUUUCAGCACCUGGGCCAGAACCCAGGUCGCUUUAUAGGUUGGGGGCCGCAAGGAAUGGUAGUACUGAAUGAGAACCUGCAACUGCUGUCCAGCAACUUCUUGGACCCGUCUCGAUUGCCCACGUGCUGUGCUUUGUUGCCUGGAAAGGGGAUGGUGGCCAUUGGCCAGGAGGGUGGCGGGCUGUCAAUAUGGGAGUUUCGAAGUGGUGGCCGGCGUCUAGUGCUGACAGCUACGCUUCCGGCGUUCCCAAGCCAGGGACAGCCCUGUGCUGUCAGCCGCAUGGCUCUAGAUGUGGCACCUCAUGGGGUCUUCCCUCGCUGCUUCGCUGCCUGCGGGGCCGAGCUGCUCACUUAUGACCUAGCUACCUGCUCGAUCAUUGAUGUGCGCCGGAAGCUGCACAAAACCAUAAUCUCGGACGUGGUGUACUGUGAAGCUGCAGAAGCUGUGGUAACAGCCUCUCGAGACAGCACUGUGAAGGUGUGGGACGCUGACUGGCAAAUCCGCAGCGUUUUUGUGGGGCACACAGGUCCAGUGACGGCUUUGACUAUGUUGCCUGGCUCAGCGCUGGUGCUGUCGGCAUCCCAGGACAUGACUCUGCGCACUUGGAACCUGGAGACAGCGCAGCAAGUGGGCGAAGUGUCCCUUCGGAAUCAUUCAGAGACCCUGUCGGGGGUGCGACGGGACAUCGCGAACGAGGAUGAGAUGCCGCCCCCCUGUACCCCUAGCAACUACAGCGAGACCGUGUGCCGUCUUUGGGCACCAGUCCGGCGCGGUGCUCCUGUGCUGGUGCAGGGCUUGGCGUACCUGGAGCUCUGGGUAGUGCGCGAGCUCCACCGCCCACUAGUGGCCCUCAGCUCCCGUGUGCAAGGCCUGGAACUGGCACCUCCGCCGCCGCAGCCAGACCGCGACGUUCUGCCGCAGCGCAUGGUAGUCAGAUGCGCCGACAGCACGGUGCGCAUCUUCUCAGCAGUCACGGGAAGGAUGAUUUCGGUGCUGCUGCUGGCGCCUGGAGAGAUGGCUGCAGCCACGGCCUAUUGCUUGCCUCGUGAGGUCCUGCUGGUGCUGACCCUCGAAGGGGUCUUGCUGCGCGCCAACGCAGCUCGCUACCCCAUGCCCGUGGUCCGCCGCAUACAGCCUCAGCCGCCGGACGCCCGGCCCUGCUGCCUCCACCUGAUUAGCCACAUCGCCGACCCGACGCGGGCCUAUAGCUCUUGGGCAAGCGUGCGGAAUCGUGGCGGGGAGCUCCGCAGGAAGAGCUGGCUGGGCACCACGUGGGAAGACAGGAACAGGUUCUUGCCAGUGUUAGGCUACACCAACGGCACGAUCGCGGUCCUGGAUUGGCAGUGUUUCCGGAAGCUCUGUCACAUAGAAGCCCACGGCCCAGGCUCCACGACUACCAUUGCUUCAAGCCUGCAGAGUCUGGUGACCUCAGGCACAGAUAUGACUGUAAAGAUGUGGCGAAUAUUUCCCUACUCAGAAGAGAGCCUGACCUUGCUUCGGACAUUUUUCUGCUACCAGUCAGCUGUGGCACUUUGUGCCCUGGGUUCUCAUGUCACUGUGGCCUUUGAGGACCCCUCCAGUGCCACCUACAGCUUGGUGCAGUAUGGGACAGCUGACAACGAUGACAUACGCCAUGACCAUGGCCCCCAGGAUGACCCCACAGACCACAUCACAGGCUUGUGCUGUUGCCCUUACCUGAAGCUUUAUGCCUGCUCAAGCCUGGAUUGCACUGUGAGAAUCUGGACUCAGGACAAUAAAUUGCUCAGGGUAAUGCAUCUGAACAUGCCUCCAGAGGCCAUAACCUUCUGCAAUGACAAGGGUGAUCUGAUCUUUUCCUUUGGCUCACACCUUCGCCUGCUCUCCCACAAACUCUACUUGCCCACAUCUUAUCUGGUCAAGGUUCUGUGUCGGAAAGUGCCAAACCCUAAGGAUGACCCAUCCCUGCCACUGACAGACCCGGAGCUGCUGACCCCAGAAGAGCUGAAAAGGCUAAAAGGAUUGCAGGCUCUCCCUAGUGUCCGGAUGAAGCAGGUUAUAAGGCAGGAGUAUCUGGAGGCAGAGAACAGACAAAGAGAGAUAGAUGAGGCCUGUGCCAAGCUGGCUGUCAGGGAUGAGGAGGUACGGAGCCUGGCCUUGGGACAAGUGGAGCCCCUGACCCAAAUGCUCCUCACCCCACAGAUUCGUAUGGAGGCCUUCCACAACUACCUACAGGUCAUCUAUGGCUCCCAACUGGAUGAUGUGAGCAAAGAGGAGGAUGAGGCGUUGAACACCUUUGGUUCAGGCUCUGAGGACAGAAAGCCUUUGAGCUCGAUCCCGCUGAGCCAAAGGAUUCUGCAACCCUCUACGGAAAUCAGCGGCUUCUUCCCCUCCAAAACCCAGACCAGACCCUCUUCCACCGAAAGCAAGAUGCCUCCACUGAUCCAGUUUCCGGGUUACAUCCCCAAUUCAGUGGCAAUACAGCAACUAUGGCCAAAGACAGAGUUGAAGGGAGUUGGGCAAGUUAUCGAUCUGAAGUCUGAAAGCUUUGAAAUCCUGGAGGCAUAUCCAGAAUGCUUCACAGUGGAGGGUGUGGCUAUAUUGCUGCUGAAGGUCCUGGAGCGAGCCACCUGGGAGGAUGGCACCGAGGCUAUGAUGGUGCUCACAGAGAUGAUGCCCUGGCUGGGAAAUGAAUUCCAAAAGAGGCUGCAACACUUGCUGUUGAAACUUCUCAACAAAGACCCUCCCCCAAACCUUGUGGACAAGAUAGAGAAGAAAUUUGUGAUGACAGCCCUGAAGGUGCUCAUGAUUGUUUCCCUGGGCUCUCGGGACAUGGUCCUGGAACUUAUGUCCUACUUCCUCUACUCACCCCCUCGGUGCAGAUUUCUGUCAGUCCCCAGGAGCAUCGAAGUCGGGAAAGCCUCUCUCCGGUCUUGCCUACAACCAAGACUGAGCUCCCCUACUUCAAGUUCCCACAACCUCCCACCCCCGCCUCCUCUGCAAAGUGGCUGGCUGCCGUUUCUAGAUUACGAAUACCCGACGGUGAAGUCCUCCAUCUCUGUGCCUCCAUCUUCCGAGGAGAUUGAGAUUGUGGUCACACCUAUUGAUGCUCUCAACUUCUUCUGUGAGCAGCAGCUCCAAGCUCACAAUGACCGGAUCAAGAUGAGGAGAGCCAUGCGCAGUGCCGUGCCCAACACCAUUGUCAUGCAGCCUCCGGGAGUCGUGUUACCCACCUAUCAGCAGGAAUCCUUCCAUAGCACCUGUGACAGAUACAGCUUCACCUUCGACCCCCCACUCCCCUCCAGUGACAAGGAAUUCCCCAUCUGA